GAAAGAUUUGCGAGUGGAAAAAAGAAGAAUAUAUGGUGUGGUGGCAAGACCAGUUAUAUUUUUAUUAUCAACUGGCAUAUUUUGUAAAGCUAGUUGGGUGAAUAUGUUUGACAUCUGAGAGCAAACGAAAAGAGAUGUGAAAAAUGUCGGAUAAAAGUGAAACUCGGUGAUCUAAACUGGACAAAUAUAUAACAGUGAAGGAAAGAAAAUUCAGUAGAUUAUUAACGUUGCUUUUUGGAAGGUCACGAUCAUCACCACUGCGUCAGUAGAUAGUUAAUUGAAAGAGGGGAACCUGUGAAGCUUGAUCUCAUACAGGUCAACACGUACGCAUGAUACAAAAGAAAAGGAGAACACGUACGGUGAAAUAAGAAGAGAUCGCACGUAUGCUACAAUCCUUUGAAAAAACUUACGAAUGGGGCACGGAAAGAUGUUUAUUAUUUUUUUUAUUUGUGACUGUGAUUAAAACGAAUAUUUUUGAUUGAAAUAUGAGUAGUACGGAACCAUCUACAACUUUGAUUGCUAAUAUGACGUCCACAACUGUCACUGCAAUUUCUGAGAAAACAGCUCCAAUUUUCUUACAAACACGAGCAGCUCAAGGUAUUGCUGGUGCAUUUGUUUGGGUUGCAUUAUUUUUAACUUGUCAACAGAUUUAUCAACACUUAAGGUGGUAUACUAAUCCAACAGAGCAAAGAUGGAUAGUUAGAAUUCUGUUUAUAGUACCAAUUUAUGCUACUUAUUCUUGGGUGUCUCUACUAUUUUUCUACAGUGAAAGUUAUUAUGUUUAUUUUUUUACUGUUCGAGACUGUUAUGAAGCAUUUGUUAUAUAUAACUUUUUGUCAUUAUGCUACGAGUACCUGGGUGGUGAAGGAAAUAUUAUGUCUGAAAUACGUGGCAAACCUAUUCGUUCUAAUUGUUUAUAUGGAACAUGUUGUCUAGUUGGGAAAACAUAUACAAUUGGUUUUCUUAGAUUUUGCAAGCAAGCUACUUUACAAUUUUGCUUGGUAAAACCAGUAAUGGCAUUUGUCAUUAUAUUUCUUCAGGCAUUUGGUCAUUAUAGAGAUGGAGAUUGGUCUCCAGAUGGAGGCUAUAUUUAUAUAACUAUAAUUUAUAACAUUAGUGUAUCUCUUGCACUUUAUGGACUUUUUCUUUUCUAUUUUGCUACAAGAGACCUAUUAACACCAUUUGAACCUGUCUUAAAAUUUUGUACUGUUAAGAGUGUUAUCUUUCUUUCAUUUUGGCAAGGAGUAUUAUUGGCUAUUCUUGAAAAAGCAAAUGUAAUUUCUCCUAUAAGCUUAGAUCAAUCAACUAGUGCAGGAACUGUUUCUGCUGGUUAUCAAAACUUUUUGAUUUGUAUUGAAAUGUUAUUUGCUGCUAUAGCUUUACGUUAUGCAUUUCCUUACCAAGUGUAUUCAGCUGGUUGUGUUACGGAUUCAAGAGGAAGAAGUGUAACAAUGCAAAGCAUUAGCAGUAGUUUAAAGGAAACUAUGAAUCCAAAAGAUAUAAUGACUGAUGCCAUCCAUAACUUUCAUCCACAAUAUCAACAGUAUACCCAGUAUAGUUCUGGAGCACCUAAAGGACAACGUGGUAUGCGGAUAUCCAGCUUCGAUCCAGAUGAUCCACAGAAUAUGACAAUACCACCACCACAAAGACGGCAUACUUCUCAUCAACGUGUUGCUACAAUUUCUCAAAAUUAUAAUGAGAAGACAAUGCUUUUGAGCAGUGAUGAUGAGUUCCAAUAGAUAUAAUAAAUCAUGUACAAAAAGAUACAAAAAAGAAAAA